CUGGAGCUCCGUGCCGCCUGUUCUCCCGCCUUCAUUUCCCAUCGUGCUGAGGCGGGUGGCAUGGCGGAGAAGGAUGACACCGGAGUUUGACGAAGAGGUGGUUUUUGAGGUUCGGCCAGUGGGAAGGACCUGCAGAUCAGAGGAUGGAGGAAAGAGCGCCAGAGAGGGUCUUGCACUGUUGCCUAGGCUGGAAUGCGGUGUUACCAUCAUAACUCACUGCAGCCUCCAACUCCUGGCUCAGAAUUCUCCACUUUACCAAUACUUACAGGAUCUGGGACACACAGACUUUGAAAUAUGUUCUUCUUUGUCACCAAAAACAGAAAAAUGCACAACAGAGGGACAACAAAAGCCUCCUACAAGAGUCCUACCAAAACAAGGUAUCCUGUUAAAAGUGGCUGAAACCAUCAAAAGUUGGAUUUUUUUUUCUCAGUGCAAUAAGAAAGAUGACUUACUUCACAAGUUGGAUAUUGGAUUCCGACUCGACUCAUUACAUACCAUCCUGCAACAGGAAGUCCUGUUACAAGAGGAUGUGGAGCUGAUUGAGCUACUUGAUCCCAGUAUCCUGUCUGCAGGGCAAUCUCAACAACAGGAAAAUGGACACCUUCCAACACUUUGCUCCCUGGCAACCCCUAAUAUUUGGGAUCUCUCAAUGCUAUUUGCCUUCAUUAGCUUGCUCGUUAUGCUUCCCACUUGGUGGAUUGUGUCUUCCUGGCUGGUAUGGGGAGUGAUUCUAUUUGUGUAUCUAGUCAUAAGAGCUUUGAGAUUAUGGAGGACAGCCAAACUACAAGUGACCCUAAAAAAAUACAGCGUUCAUUUGGAAGAUAUGGCCACAAACAGCCGAGCUUUUACUAACCUCGUGAGAAAAGCUUUACGUCUCAUUCAAGAAACCGAAGUGAUUUCCAGAGGAUUUACACUUUUGCUUGACAGGGUCAGUGCUGCUUGCCCAUUUAAUAAAGCUGGACAGCAUCCAAGUCAGCAUCUCAUCGGUCUUCGGAAAGCUGUCUACCGAACUCUAAGAGCCAACUUCCAAGCAGCAAGGCUAGCUACCCUAUAUAUGCUGAAAAACUACCCCCUGAACUCUGAGAGUGACAAUGUAACCAACUACAUCUGUGUGGUGCCUUUUAAAGAGCUGGGCCUUGGACUUAGUGAAGAGCAGAUUUCAGAAGAGGAAGCACAUAACUUUACAGAUGGCUUCAGCCUGCCUGCAUUGAAGGUUUUGUUCCAACUCUGGGUGGCACAGAGUUCAGAGUUCUUCAGACGGUUAGCCCUAUUACUUUCUACAGCCAAUUCACCUCCUGGGCCCUUACUUACUCCAGCACUUCUGCCUCAUCGUAUCUUAUCUGAUGUGACUCAAGGUCUACCUCAUGCUCAUUCUGCCUGUUUGGAAGAGCUUAAGCGCAGCUAUGAGUUCUAUCGGUACUUUGAAACUCAGCACCAGUCAGUACCGCAGUGUUUAUCCAAAACUCAACAGAAGUCAAGAGAACUGAAUAAUGUUCACACAGCAGUGCGUAGCUUGCAGCUCCAUCUGAAAGCAUUACUGAAUGAGGUAAUAAUUCUUGAAGAUGAACUUGAAAAGCUUGUUUGUACUAAAGAAACACAAGAACUAGUGUCAGAGGCUUAUCCCAUCCUAGAACAGAAAUUAAAGUUGAUUCAGCCCCACGUUCAAGCAAGCAACAAUUGCUGGGAAGAGGCCAUUUCUCAGGUCGACAAACUGCUACGAAGAAAUACAGAUAAAAAAGGCAAGCCUGAAAUAGCAUGUGAAAACCCACAUUGUACAGUAGUACCUUUGAAGCAGCCUACUCUACACAUUGCAGACAAAGAUCCAAUCCCAGAGGAGCAGGAAUUAGAAGCUUAUGUAGAUGAUAUAGAUAUUGAUAGUGAUUUCAGAAAGGAUGAUUUUUAUUACUUGUCUCAAGAAGACAAAGAGAGACAGAAGCGUGAGCAUGAAGAAUCCAAGAGGGUGCUCCAAGAAUUAAAAUCUGUGCUGGGAUUUAAAGCUUCAGAGGCAGAAAGGCAGAAGUGGAAGCAACUUCUAUUUAGUGAUCAUGUGUUUUCUUCAUAUAGCUUUAAAAUUAUGCUAUUGACAUUAUGGGAAAGAUUUAUCAAUGAGAGAAAUGUGUCUCUUUUUCAGCCGUGUUGAAAUCCUUGUCUCCUGUAGACCCAGUGGAACCCAUAAGUAAUUCAGAACCAUCAAUGAAUUCAGAUAUGGGAAAAGUCAGUAAAAAUGAUACUGAAGAGGAAAGUAGUAAAUCUGCCACAACAGACAAUGAAAUAAGUAGGACUGAGUAUUUAUGUGAAAACUCUCUAGAAGGUAAAAAUAAAGAUAAUUCUUCAAAUGAAGUCUUCCCCCAAGGAGCAGAAGAAAGAAUGUGUUACCAAUGUGAGAGUGAAGAUGAACCGCAAGCAGAUGGAAGUGGUCUGACCACUGCCCCUCCAACUCCCAGGGACUCAUUACAGCCCUCCAUUAAGCAGAGGCUGGCACGGCUACAGCUGUCACCAGAUUUUACCUUCACUGCUGGCCUUGCUGCAGAAGUGGCUGCUAGAUCUCUCUCCUUUACCACCAUGCAGGAACAGACUUUUGGUGAUGAGGAGGAAGAACAAAUAAUAAAAGAAAAUAAAAAUGAGAUAGAAGAAAAGUAAGAACCAAGAUUCAUGUGAAGUGAUAUUAGAUUGUUCCUUUUACAAAAGUGUUUAGCUUCAAGACUGGAAAGGGAAUAUGAGUGUAAGUUUACUAUAUAUAAAGCUAAGAUGUGGAUUUACAGGAAGAACCCUGGUUUGAAUGACUGAUCUGAAAUUAGUAGUUACCUGUAAAUGGCAGAUCUUUUAGGAAAAUAAGAGAAAGGUAAGGGCUCUUUUGAAUAAACUGCUGUUUUAUUUGUGGCACAACUGAUCAAUCUUGGAAAUUCUUUAAGUAUUUUUAAUAAGAAAUGAAUUAUCAUUUCUUGCCAGAAUUUGCUACCUUAAGGUGAUUGGGAAAAUUCUGUUGCAAGAACAUUAACAUUUAGUAUGACUCCUUUUUACUGUAUUCUUGCAGUUAAUAACUGCAGCUAUUAUGUUAAUAACAAGUUGUUUGUAUUUUAUUUUUGUUUAUACCAGUCUUAAAGAUCCAGGUUCUGAAUAAAAAAAUUAAUUGAUACAA